CGAUUUGAACUUACCUGCGGCUAGAUAGGGGAGAGAGAGGAGAGGGAGAGAUCUGCAAAAGCCUCUGCUGCCGCGCAUCCUCCCUCUUCAUGAUCUCGACUAGAUCGGUCGGAGGAAGUGAAGGAGACGAUGUCGAUAGCGUACGGAUGGCCGCAAGUGAUCCCUCUAGAGCCCGGCCUCUGUCCAACCUCCCCGCGGAUCGUCUUCCUGAGGGUCUCCAACGGUCUUUUGCUCGUCGUCUCCCCCUUCCACCUCGAGCUCUGGAGCUCCUCCCAGCAUAGGGUGAGACUGGGGAAGUUCCUGAGGGAUCCGGACUCCGUACAGAAAGAGGGUGAGAACAUGGAGGCAAUUUGGAGUCCCGAUAACUCGAGGGUCGCGGUCAUGACAUCUUUAUUCUUUCUGUAUAUAUUUAGUAUCCAGUUUACUGGAAAACAAUUGAUACUUGGAGGAAAGCAAUCUUCUGGACUUUUCCUCGCAACCAUAUCAAUUGCGGCUGUAGAGAAGGCUCCCUAUUCUGAAAAGAGGUUGACGAUAAGUAAUUUUGUGUGCGAUAAUGAUAACAUUCUUCUUGGCCUGUCAACUGGUGCAAUGUCCCUCAUCUCCUGGAAAGGAGAGUUUCUCCACAUGUUUGAACUUCAUUCCCAUCCUUUGGUUAAUACAGAACUGCAUCUUUCUCUGGAUAAUGGAUCUUCACUAUCUGAAGACAGUACUCAGCAUAGGUUGAAAUCCAACUAUGCUAUCCAUCAACUUGAGUUGUCAAUACCACUAAGAUUACUAGUUGUUCUGUAUUAUGAUGGGCCAGUCGCUUUAUGUUCUAUCAGCAAGAAAGGGUUGAAGCUGACAAAUUCUAUACAAACUGAAAGAUGGUUGGGAUCCUCUGAUGCUGUCUGUGCUUCAAUUGCUUCAGAUCAGCAAAUUCUUGCAAUUGGCUGCAGGAGAGGGGUUGUUGAAUUGUAUGACUUGUCAAAAAGUGGAUCGCUUUUGCGCAAUGUAUCGUUGUAUGAUUGGGGAUAUUCUGUUGAGGACACUGGUUCAGUGAGUUGCAUAUCCUGGGCCCCUGAUAAUGCUUCUUUUGCAGUUGGAUGGAAGUGUAGAGGAUUAACAGUUUGGUCCACAUCUGGAUGUCGUCUGAUGUCUACCAUUCGUCAGAUUGGAAUUAGUUCUGCCACUUCACCUAUUGUGAAAUCAAAUCAGGAUUGCAAGUAUGAGCCUAUGAUGGGUGGAGCAUCUUCUGUUCAGUGGGAUGACUAUGGAUAUAGGAUCUACGCCAUAGAGCAGCGUACAUCUGAUAGGGUUAUUGCAUUUUCAUUUGGUAAAUGCUGUCUCAAUCGUGGUAUUGCAGGCACUACAUAUGCUCGACAAGUGAUUUAUGGUGAAGACAGGGUGCUUCUGGUGCAACCAGAAGAUACAGAUGAGCUUAAAAUAUUGCAUCUUAAUAUUCCUGUAUCAUAUAUGUCUCAGAAUUGGCCAAUUUUACAUGUUGCUGUUAGCAAAGAUGGUAUGUACUUGGCAGUUGCAGGUCUGCGUGGCUUAAUUUUGUAUGACAUGAAGUAUAAAAAAUGGCGCCUCUUUGGGGAUAUCACUCAGGAGCAGAAAAUACAGUGCAAAGGCUUGCUUUGGCUUGGAAAGAUUGUUGUUGUUUGCAAUUACAAUGAUUCUUCAAGCCUAUACGAGUUACUUUUUUAUCCAAGAUACCAUCUUGAUCAGAGCUCAAUGCUUUGUCGCAAAACAUUGCCUGGAAAACCGAUUGCCAUGGAUGUAUGCCAAGAUUACAUACUUAUCACGUACCAUCCUUUCGAUGUUCAUAUUUUCCAUGCAAAAGUGAUUGGCGAGUUAUCACCUUCAGGCAAUCCGGUAUUAGAGCUCCAUAAAGUGCGGGAACUAUCAAUCAUGACAGCAAAAAAGCACCUUGCAGCAAUGCGAAUCAUCCCUGACCCUUCACCAAGAGAGAGUACUGCAACAAAAAAGAAUUCUAUGCCUGCUUCUUUUAUGUACAGACAGCCAACCAGGUGCUUGAUAUUACGAGCAAGCGGGGAGCUAUCAUUACUUGAUAUGGAUGAUGGAAGUGAGCAUGAUCUCACAGACUCAGUUGAACUAUUUUGGGUGACUUGUGGGCAAACAGAAGAUGAAGACAAAUCUAACUUGAUUGAGGAGGUUUCUUGGUUGGAUUAUGGUCACCGUGGGAUGCAGGUAUGGUAUCCAUCCCCAGGAGUUGAUCCUUUUGAGCAGGAAGACUUCUUGCAGUUGGAUCCGGAACUUGAAUUUGACAGGGAGGUUUAUCCACUAGGGCUUCUUCCAAAUGCAGGAGUUGUAGUCGGUGUCACCCAGAGAAUGUCGUUCUCUGCAUGCACAGAAUUUCCUUGCUUUGAGCCUACUCCUCAAGCACAAACAAUAUUGCAUUGCUUGCUACGUCACCUUCUCCAGAGGGACAAGAUUGAGGAGGCUUUGUCGCUGGCACACCUAUCAGCUGAAAAACCUCAUUUCUCUCAUUGUUUGGAGUGGUUGCUCUUCACGGUGUUUGAUGCAGAAAUAUCAAGGCAAAAUGUUAGCAAGAACCAGUCUUCAGUUCCUAAAAAGACCAACCCUUCUAUGUUGGAACAAACAUGUAGCUUAAUCAGGAAUUUUCCUGAAUACUUGGAUGUUGUUGUGAGUGUUGCAAGGAAGACUGAUGGACGGCAUUGGGCAGAUUUAUUUUCAGCAGCUGGAAGAUCAACAGAAUUAUUUGAGGAAUGCUUCCAAAGACAAUGGUAUCGAACAGCUGCUUGCUACAUACUUGUAAUUGCUAAACUUGAAGGUUCUUCUGUUAGCCAGUAUAAUGCUCUCCGCUUAUUGCAGGCAACUUUAGAUGAAUCCUUGUAUGAACUUGCCGGGGAGCUGGUCAGGUUUUUGUUGCGUUCUGGAAGGGAUUAUGAGCAUGUUGCAUCUGAAUCUGAAAGACUGUCACCAAGAUUUUUGGGUUCUUUUAUCUUUCGUGCAAGUUACUGGAGACAGACAUCUGAUCUGAAAAGCUCCUUAUCCAAAGAGCAAAGUGCCCAUAUCAAUUCUGUUAAGAACAUUCUUGAAAGCCAUGCUGGCUAUCUAAUGUCAGGAAGGGAGCUUUCUAAGCUUGUUGCGUUUGUAAAGGGAACUCAGUUCGAUCUAGUGGAAUAUUUGCAGCGAGAAAGGUGUGGAUCUGCUCGACUGGAGAGUUUUGCUGCAGGGAUUGAACUUAUUGGGCAAAAGCUUCAAAUGGGAACUCUUCAGAGUCGGUUAGAUGCGGAAUUCCUUCUUGCACAUAUGUGCACUGUAGGCUUCAAGGAAUGGAUUGUGGUCCUGGCAACUCUUUUAAGGCGUACAGAGGUAUUGAUCGACCUUUUCCAAGAUGACAUGCGGUUGUGGAAAGCAUACAGCACCACUCUUCAGUCACAUCCGGCCUUUGUGGAGUAUAAUGAUCUGCUAGAAAUAAUUGAAGAUCAGCUCUCCCUUCAAGAUUCAGAGAAGUAGCUUAUAGCUCAUGGUACCUUCCAAAAUCCGAAGUGUUAAUUUAUAUCCCAUGAGCUUCUGAAGCACAGUGAUUUGGGUGGCCCAAGCAUGAGCUUUGGGAAAGAAUCCAAUAAGUAGCAGUCCGGAGAAUUGUGGCGUGACAACUUGGAAUAGCAGAUUAAACCCUGCAUAACAGGCACACCAUUAAUUUAGGCGUAUAUGUAAAUAUUUGAGUUUUUUUUUGUUAUAAUCACUAUAAUGUGUCAUAUUGUAACCUAAUUUGGAAUCAAGGACCUCAGAAUGUGUCAAUAGUGGACCCUCGGAAAUUUUCUCCA